CCCACGACGCGUCAACCAGAUCAGAUUCCAUAAAUACACGCGUCAAAAUUGUAUACAAGUACCAUCACUACCCCCUCCAACCCACAUCAAACGACACAAAAAAUGGCACCAGCCGCCUCCGAGAAGCUCGACAUCUCCGACACCGAGGAAGACCUCUUCGCGUCGCCCUCGCGCUCCCCCCGCGCCACCUCCUUCCCCAAACCCGCCGUCGCCGCUGCUACAGCAGAAGCCCCCCGCGAAUCCCGCUACGACGCCGAAGCCGCACGCACAGCGACCUUGCAGCGCGAGCUUGCCUCAUUGCAAGACACAAAUGCAGCGAUCGAGGGGGUAAUCGCAUCGCUUGAGAGUGCACGGGGGAGCAUGGGCACCGUGUCGACGACCGUGACGUCCGCAUCAACGCUGUUGAAUACGUGGACGCGCAUGCUGGGGCAGACGGAGCAUAAUCAACGGCUGCUGCUGGAUCCGAAUUGGAAGGGCGCGAGUCAGGAUCUGGUGGAUGCGGAGAAUGAGGUUGUGAUGAGGGCGCAGGCGGCGGAGAGGAGGGCGGCGGAGGAGGCGAGGCGGAGGGAGGAGGCGAGGGCGAAGGCGGAGGAGGAGGAGAGAGUGAGGUUGGCUGGGGGAACUACGAGGGGGAGAGUGAGCAGGGGGAGGGGGAGGGGGAGGGGGUUAAGAGGGAGUGUGACAGGGUCGUCGGUGGGGGGGCAGAGACCGGCGUCGGGGCUUGGAAGGACGGCGUCGCAGAGGGGGUCGGGUAUUGGGAGGGGAGGUGUUGCGAGUACAAGAGGCAGGGCUCGUGGUGUGAGAUGAAUGGAGUACGAGAAGAUGCUACAAACGCAAUUCUAUCGACAGUGGUCACGCUGCCGUUGUGUGUACGUUCAGUACAGAGUCGAUCCAAGGACGACGCGAUCGGUCUUGGCGAUACGGCCCAGUUACCAACAGCAGGGCCAGGAGAGGACCAUUUGAACGUAGGUUGUUGGCUAAAUGGUUCCUGUGGCUGGUAUUUUGAGGCCUUGGCUACUGUUAGACUAUCUGGGACCAGAAAGCUGGAUGGCCAUACAGUAGGAACUCCAAGUGAACCUGGAACGACAUGGCAAUCACAAUAUACAAGUCGCUACAUAUACCAUGGACUUGUUACUGUGUUCAUUAGCAUCAUGUCCCCUAAAGAAUUGAAAACUAUACUCCAAGGAAGCUGCGACUGAUAAUCAUUCCUUCCCUAUAUAGAGGGCUUGAAAGUUUUGAGGAAGCUACGACUGAGUGUGCUUGGUAAUCGUUCGUCCAUAUAUAAAGUUUGAAAGCCCCGAGGAAGCCACGACUGGGUUUGCUUGAUAAUCAUUCCUUCCCU